AUGCCCCAAGAACCAAAACCAAACCUCACACACGAACCAAUAUCAACUCAAUCCCUCACAGCAUUCAACUCACCCUCCUCACCGCCCUGGUCUCGCCAACUCUUCCAAGAUCCCACCCUCCACCCCAUCGCCACACCCUGCAGACACCCCAAACCCACCACCGAAGACUCCCUCGUCGCCGAAACCCUCGCAACUGACCACACCAUCAGCGCAUGGCAAUCCCUCUACAGGACCGGCUCUCCCAAGAACACAGGUGAGCUGGUAAGCCUGCUCGCGCUGGGUACCGGCGUCAACGGACAUGCUGACGUCGCGCACGGGGGUCUCCUGGCGCUGAUACUGGAUGAAAUUACGGGCAAUGUGGUGGAGCUGUAUCGGGGGGAGGGUAUGUCUGGGUAUACGGCGUCGUUGAAGAUUGACUUUAGGAGGCCGGUGCGUACGCCUGGUGUUUUGUUGUGCCGGUCGUGGUUGGAGAGGAGGGAGGGGAGGAAGUUGUGGGUGAGGGGGAGGGUGGAGGAUGGGGAGGGGGGGUUGUAUGCUGAGGGGGAGAGUCUUUGGGUUGAGGUUUUGAAGGGGAGGUUGUAG